UUAGGAGUGGACAUCGACCCUGUCUUCCACCACCCGCUGCUUUUCUGCGACAUUUUCUCUGCCGAUUUCAUUUCAAAUCCUUUUUCUUUUUUUUUCCUCGAAUUCUUCCGUCAUGGAGAAGAGAGUUAAGAAAAGAAAAUUUUAAAAGAAAGGAAAUAAAGGAAGCCUUCAUUAAUUUUUCCACGUUCCCCAUCUUCUCUCUCUAUCGGAAAGCCACUUCUUGGCCGAAGGGAAGCGGAGUUCCGCACUUCCCCUUCUCGUCGCCCUUUCUUUUCUUGGGUUCAAUUCUAUUCGUCGUCUUUGCCGCCGGGAUACGAGAAAUCGUAUUCGAGAUGAGUUCCAAGGAGCUGCUUGGGAUCGAGCCCCUCGAGCUCAAAUUCCCUUUCGAACUAAAGAAGCAGAUCUCGUGCUCUCUUCAGCUAUUUAACAAGACUGAUGAGUACGUUGCGUUUAAGGUCAAGACGACGAGCCCAAAAAAGUACUGUGUCAGGCCUAACUCUGGGAUCAUGCUGCCCCGAUCCACAUGCGAUGUCAUCGUUACAAUGCAAGCACAGCGGGAUGCUCCGCCUGACAUGCAAUGCAAGGACAAAUUUCUUGUUCAGAGUGUCAUUGUAAACCAGGGUGUAACUGCAAGGGAUAUUACCCCAGAAAUGUUUGCAAAAGAGUCAGGUAAUGUGGUGGAUGAGGUGAAGCUCAAAGUUGUCUAUGUGUCGCCACCUCAACCACCAUCGCCUGUUCCCGAGGAAUCUGAGGAGGGCUCGUCACCUAGACCAUCUUUAUCAGACAACAGUAGUUUAAAUGCUGCGGAAUUAAUUGCUGCAACGAGAGCGUAUGCUGAACCGCAAGAAAAAUCAUCUGAGACGACUGCUUUAAUUUCGAGGUUGACUGAGGAGAAGAAUUCUGCUAUUCAACAGAACAGUAAGCUUAGACAUGAAGUGGAACUUAUGAGGCAGGAAAUCAGCAAGCAGGGUGGUGGCUUCUCAUUCAUGUUUGUGAUGAUCAUUGCCUUGCUGGGAAUUCUUCUAGGCUAUCUUGUGAAGACAUGACUGUCUAAAUUGCAGGCCUUGUUGGUCAUUUCCAACAGAAUUGAACAACAUUUGGCAACUUGUUUGUUAAUUGAGUUAGCUGUUUGUGGAAUUCAGGGCAUACUCACAUAAGGUUGUUUGGUUUCAUAGUUGUGUAGCAGCAUCUUAGUUUGUGUAACGUCUGCAUUUGUCAAUUAGCCUGCAUUUGUCAAUUAGCCAUUCCAAUAAAUUUGAUCUAUUUAAUACUUGAUUUAUGAUGAGGGUAGAGAAAGGCUUAAUGGACA